CAGGUGUUCCAAUCCCCUCCAUAUCAUGUGAUUCAGGUAUUCCAACCCCCUCCAUAUCAUGUGAUUCAGGUGUUCCAAUCCCCUCCAUAUCAUGGGAUUCAGGUGUUCCAAUCUUCUCCCAGUCAUGUGAUUCAGGUGUUCCAAUCCCCUCCAUAUCAUGGGAUUCAGGUGUUCCAAUUCCCUCCAUAUCAUGUGAUUCAGGUGUUCCAAUCCCCUCCAUAUCAUGUGAUUCAGGUGUUCCAAUCCCCUCCAUAUCAUGUGAUUCAGGUGUUCCAA